AGAGCCCGCGGCCGCCGCCACCCGCCGCCCGGCCGCGCUGGCAGCAGGAUUCCGAGCCGGCAGCGGGGGGCUCCGGGCGCGAGGCCCGGCGCUCUGCGCCCCGGCCGCCAGUGCGGGGAGGCCGCGCCGGUUAGGUGGGACUCGACAGCAUUUCCCAGCGCCAAGCCAUGGUGGCCAAACAGCGGAUCCGGAUGGCCAAUGAGAAGCACAGCAAAAACAUAACCCAGAGGGGGAACGUAGCCAAAACCCUGAGGCCACAAGAAGAGAAAUAUCCUGUGGGGCCAUGGCUGUUGGCACUGUUUGUUUUUGUUGUUUGUGGCUCAGAGGAAAGACUGAGGACCUGCAACUACUCUGGAAUUCCUGCCCUGGAAGCUGAACUGAGAUGGACGAUCUGGGGAAGGUGUCUCAUCAGCCAUCGGCUCCCUCAAGCUAUCUUUCAGAUUAUUCAGAGCAUAAGGAUGGGCAUGUGAGAAGGCCCGGGGAUUUGACACUGCCCCUCCUGCUGGACGGUGGAGGACCACUUAAGCUUUUACCCAGGGAUCUGUGGGGAGCAAGCCACACAGAGUAAAGAAAGUCUCCCUCAGUUGUCCCCUGACCACUUCAUCGUGGAUGUCAGACCACACUGCCUUCUCACGGGACACCUUGGUACCUCCAUGCUCUCGAGCGGAAAGGACAUUUUGCUUUUCUGUUGGCAGGAUUGGUAACUCCCAGGUGUCUUCAGCAGCACCACUGUCGGGGGUUCUCUUGGCUUUCUUAACGCAUGCAUGUGGCCUCUGAAUGAUCAGCGGUUCACCGUCAGUGGAUAGUCUCUCCUCCAUUGCGAAUUUGUUUUACAAAUAAAUGUCUUUGU